GUGGAAUGAAUGCUGGGCACCGACACGUCAACAAUGAAGCUGUAUUAUUACUUAUAAUCCGAUUUCCUUACUAAUCACCUAUUCUCUAUAUUUGUGGACAAUGUCCACCAUUUGAAAACACAGAGAAUGUCGAGAUACAUGUCUUCGAGUGACACACUGCGCCAGAAGAGUGCUGUCGAGGCAGCAUGUGUGGUAAAUGUGGACGAUGUCGAGGUGAAGACGGAUCCUGAAAGACCUCUUGUCAAGUUAUGGUUUGUGGACAUUUCUGAAUUCGACCGGACGUUCCAGUUUUUACUGCUAUCAACAGCUACAUUUGCAACAUAUCUUAUUUACGGAUAUUUGCAGGAGCUGAUAUUCAGGCUGAAAGAGUUCCGUCCAUUUGGUUGGUAUCUAACCCUUGUGCAGUUUCUCUGUUACUUGGUGUUCGGACUUGUUGAAAGGCAUGUGGGGAGAAAUGUCAAAAGGAAAAUUCCAUUGAAAAUGUACGCUCUGCUGGCGUUUUUGACGGUAGCCACCAUGGGUCUUUCCAAUACAUCUGUGGGAUAUUUGAAUUACCCUACUCAAGUUAUUUUCAAGUGUUGCAAAUUAAUUCCUGUCAUGGUGGGCAGCGUCAUUAUUCAGGGGAGGCGUUACAACUGUUUAGACAUCAGUGCUGUGCUAUGUAUGGUGGUCGGACUGAUAUCAUUUACCUUGGCUGACAGCAGCUUGUCUCCUAACUUUAAUACUUAUGGAGUUAUUUUAAUCUCUUUGGCAUUAUGUGCUGAUGGUGCAAUUGGCAAUGUGCAGGAGAAGGCCAUGAGGCAGUAUGAAGCCUCAAACACAGAAAUAGUAUUUUAUUCAUAUGGAAUAGGAUUUCUCUACAUUCUAGUCGGUUUGUUUCUAUCAGGAAAUUUUUUUCCAGCCUUUGAAUUUUGCAAAGAGUACCCAAUGCAGACCUAUGGCUAUGGAAUUCUAUUCUCCAUCUCUGGAUAUAUAGGAUUGGCCAUUGUACUAACUAUGGUGAAAUCCUUUGGUGCCUUAAUUGCAGUUACAGUUACCACAUGCAGGAAAGCUGUGACUAUUGUUUUGUCCUUCCUAUUUUUCUCUAAACCAUUCACAGUUCAGUAUGUGUGGUCUGGAUUGCUGGUUGUUUUAGGAAUAUACCUCAAUGUGUACAGUAAGAAUCGGAGAUCCUGGGAUAAAGUGAUAUCGGACACUAUUGGAAAAGUUGAUGCAUGUUUCAAAAGCAAGAGAACAAAUUAUGAGAGUACUCUCACUGAUGUUUGAUGAGCGGGUUUAUGGGUAUACAGACAUUGUAAUACGUAAUUUUUGUGGAUUUCCAGGGUAGUUUCUGUCAAUAUGUUUUUGACUACGAUUAAAAUUAGUGUUGAUAUGUAAACCAUCAUGUGUGUACACCUGAUUGAUCAAAUUUACUCCACGAAACAAAGAUAUUUUCACUAAUCACAAAACAAAGAUAUUUUUCACUUAACCAUGAAAGUUAAAUGACAUCAAUUCUUAACUGAAUUUAACUACAUGUAUAUCAGACCAGUGUACAAGAUGUCAAUGUAUAAUUUAGAUAGGAAUUCAUCACUUUGUUUUGGCAUUUGAUGAUACUUUAAGGUUACUCACUACACCUUGAAAGUGUUAAUCAAAUCAGCAUGAAAUGAUUUAAUCAUGUAAAAUAUGAUAUGUAAUAUGUACAUGUUAAAAAGGCAAAAAAUAUGCAAUUUUGGAGGGGAAAUACAUGAUUUUCAAAAAUUUAUUUCAAUAAGUAUAAAUGAAAGACAUUUGCAGAUUUGAACUUGGUAUCUGUGUGUCAGCAACCUGAUAUCUUAUCCACUGAUCUCCGUAGAUCUACAAACAAUUCGAUGUAUACAAGUAAUUCUACAAAACACUUGAAUCUCCAUCUUGUGACGUCGUGUCAUGAAAUGUGUAAGUCUUGAUGUAGUGAGCUACCUCAAUGUAAUUACAAAUAUAUUUCCUGAAAGAAAUCAUUGGAAGGUUUCGAGUGAAUUAUUAUUUUGAUCUGCAUGCUUUUGUCUUUGAGCAUUUCUUGAUUUGUAUGUAUGUGUUUUUAUUGUACAAAGAAAUGCUCUAGCAAGGGUACUAUACAGCCUGGAAUAUGUUGAAUGCAGCAACAUGUAAUUCAAAUCUAGUCUUGUAUGUUCAUUCUUUUAUCAUUUGAAUAUGAAAUCUUUCUUCAAUCAUAAAAUUAUGAUUAUCAAAUUAAAUAAAAUUGUAUUGACUCUCAAA